AUGCUGGAGCAGCAGCAGCAGCAGCAGCUUCGUAGCUUGGACAACCAAAAGCAGCGACGUCAUCGACGCCUGCAGCUGGACAGAAGGUGCAGCAGGAGCAACAACAGAAGCAGCAGGUGUCGUGCAAACUAUUUGCCGGGCCUGCUAAUUGUGCUCCUCGUCCUGCUGCAGAACUUUGAGCUGCACAUGUGCCGGCAAUUGAUGGGCGCCGGUGCCGAUGUCCACAGACCCAGGGAUAUGAGCACCAUCGAGAAACGCCAGCCCGAAGAGAUAUUCAGUGCGCCCAGCGAUGCGACGACCAACAUGGGUUACGAUGAGUAUCCGAUGGUGGUGCCAAAAAGGGCUGCUCUGUUGCUGGAUCGUCUAAUGGUUGCACUGCAUCAUGCGCUGGAGAACGAACGCGAAGGACAUCGCAUUGGUGACUUCUAUGCCAAUAAGAAUCUCUUGCAACUAAAACCCACCGAGUUCAAACAUGGUUUUGAGCAGCUGCAGCCGAUGGAAGACGGCAUGUAUAGCGAUGAUGAUCCUGGCGUGAUGAUGGAUUAUGAUUUCAAAGAUUUAAAUCAAAUAAAUCGCGCAACUGGCGAAACAUUAAUGGCAAAGAGCUUUCAGAGAAGAGCCGGCGCUGCAGCUGGCAACGAUGCGGCACAAUCAACAAAUGGCGGCUCAGCGUCAGCAGCGGCAGGAUCUAUAGCUGGAGCUGGUCCUGGUGCCAGGCGCAUCCAUCACGUUGCCAAUGGAGGUGGUCGCAUGUAUUGGCGCUGCUAUUUCAAUGCCGUUAGCUGCUUCUAAACCAGCCAAGCAAUCCAGGCCAUAAAAAAAAAACAAAAAAUAUAAAAAUAAAAAUAAAUCAACCAAAUCCACCAAUUUAUGUAGCUCCAGGCUCGGCUCCAGCUUUUUAACACUUAAAACCAUCAUAUUUUUGUGCGUUUCCUUGGCUGCUAUGAAAGUUGUUCGCGUGAU